AUGAGCGCAAUACAGAAUUCGUCCGACGACAAGAUCUCCGACGAGAAGCCACAGACGGUCGACGUCGAGUCGCGUGUUGUGCACGGAGAGACGCAGGAUGUUUAUGACGAAAAAGAGUCUGGUGUCGAUCCGAUCUAUCAGGCAAAGGCCAGGAUCUUGAACGAUGCUUUCCAAGAGAUUGGCAUGGGUAAAUACCAAUGGUACCUGUUUAUAGUAGCAGGCUUUGGCUGGUUCUCCGAUAAUCUCUGGCCGAUUGUCACAGGGCUUAUCUUGUCUCCUGUCGUGAACGAGUUCAACUUUGAAGGUCCCUUCCUCAAGCUCGGUCAAAACAUCGGCCUUCUCGUGGGCGCUGCGUUCUGGGGUGUUGCAUCUGAUGUUUGGGGGAGGCAGAUUUGCUUCAACCUCACACUGUUCAUCACUGGAGUGUUCGCUAUCGCAGCAGGGGGCUCGCCGAAUGCCGUUGCACUCUGCUCUCUGGCAGCUGUCUGGAGCGUUGGAGUGGGUGGUAACCUACCCGUCGACUCUGCUGUCUUUCUAGAAUUUAUACCUGCGUCGCAUCAAUAUCUUUUGACUAUCCUCUCGAUUUGGUGGGCCUUCGGGCAGCUGGUUGGAAGCUUGGUUGCUUGGCCACUGAUCGCCAACUACUCGUGUGCUUCUGCGGCGGAUUGCCCCAAGUCAUCGAAUGAGGGCUGGCGCUACUUCCUAUACGCAAUGGGCGGGCUGAUGAUGCUCAUGUUCGUGUUGCGAUUCUUCGUGUUCCACCUGUACGAGUCGCCCAAGUACCUCAUGGGCCGCGGAAGAGAUGCUGAGGCGGUAGAGGUCGUGCAUGCGGUGGCGCGCUAUAACGGGCGCGAAUGCAACUUGACGGUAGAGAUGUUGAAAGAGGCAGAGAAUGCUGUGAAGUUUGAAAAUACUGUGAAGUCAGACGGCUUGAGAAGUAUUGAAGAAGCGGAACUGAAGAUGGACACAAGUGCUCGUGCGGCGGUCAUGAGGAAGAUGAGAAGAUUCAGCGGAGAACAUGUCCAGUCGCUCUUUGCGACAAGGAAAUUAGCCUACUCAACAAGCUUGCUUAUUACUGUUUGGGCGUUAAUUGGUUUGGCUUUUCCUUUGUACAACGGUUUUGUCACCUACUUCCUACAGACGCGAGGAGCUGAUUUUGGUGACGGUUCAAUAUAUAUCACAUACCGAAACCAAGUCAUCUUGAGUGUCAUCGGUGUUCCCGGUGCGCUCUUGGCUGGUUGGAUGGUCGAGCUGCCAUACCUUGGCCGUAAGGGUACGUUGGCAAUCUCAACCGUUAUCACCGGUGUCUUCCUCUUCGCUAGCACAACAGCGCGCACAUCAAAUGCGCUCCUCGGCUGGAACUGCGGUUAUACCUUUACGAGCAACGUGAUGUAUGGUGUGCUGUACGCUGUUUCGCCGGAACUUUUCCCAACGAAGGAUCGAGGGACGGGAAAUGCUAUUGUUGCCAGCGCGAACCGCGUAUUCGGUAUCAUGGUGCGUUCCACGAGUACCUCUGAUAGCGAAAAUUUGGUUAAGCUCUCCCAAAAGGCACCCAUCAUUGCGCUGUAUGCAAAUCUCGCAACGGCAGUGCCGAUCUAUGUCUCUGGUGCAUUGUUCCUCGUAGCUGGCCUCAUAUGUCUUCUUCUGCCGUUUGAGCCAAGAGGUAAAGCAUCGAUGUGA